GGAGAGGUUCGGUCACUCUCGCGGGGCAAAUUCACUGACUCGUGUGUGUUUGCAGUGACUUACUGACUCGUAUUUUGGCCACGGAUAAGCCGCGGCCCGGGAGUGACCAGGUAUCGGGUCUCGUUAACGCCAGGUGACCGCUCGCUGGCUGGCUGCCCCGCGUGAGGGUUGAUUUAAAGGGCAGCGUGAGUGGAGGCGAAGCGGAUAAUUCAGUGAAGCAACUCCAUACGUAACGGCGUUUGGCCAACCUCGACCAACAACCUGGGCGUGGCGUGCGGGUUCUCUCUCUACCUGCUGGAGUACGAGCCCGCCUCUGCGCACGCCCUCACCUCGCGACUCAAGCAAGCUGUCGCCGCCCUGCCCUUGCCUUCGAAAACCCCGAAAUGGCUGGCCAACUUGGUGGGGUCGGUGGGCAUCUCCUUCGUGUUCUUCGUGAUCCUGAUGAAGGUUCGGCAAUACCUCCUCAGGAUCCUGCUGGCCUACCGCGGCUGGAUGUAUGAGAACAUACGGGAAGUCUCGCUGAAGAACAAGCUCUGGGGCCUGACCGUCAAGUUCGUGUCCGGCUACCAACCAUCGCUGUACUCCUGCCAGCGCUCCCUGCCUCGUAUGCCCGUGCCUCCCCUGGACGAGACACUCAGCAAGUUGUUGGACAGCCUCAAGCCCCUGUGCUCGGAGGAGGAGUUCAAGGACUACAGCAAACAGGCGCAGGACUUCGAGGGCAGCAUAGGACCUCGCCUCCAGCGCCUCCUCUACCUCAAGUCAUGGUGGGCGCCGAACUACGUGUCAGACUGGUGGGAGAGGUACGUGUAUUUGAUGUCAAGAUGUCCGCUGGUCAUCAACUCCAACUACUAUGCCCUGGACCACUACAUCUGGACACCCACCUCCAGCCAGGUUGCGAGAGCAGCCAACGUCAUGCACUCCAUCCUGAGCAUGAAGCGCUGCAUCGACCGCGAGGAGCUGCAGCCACUCCUCCUGCGGAACACCAUCCCUAUCUGCAUGGCCCAGUACGAGCGGCUCUUCUCCACUGUGAGAGUGCCGGGUGAGGAGAUCGACGAGAUGCUUCACUUUGACUCCCAGGAAUCGCGCCAUAUCGUGGUGUGGCGGCAGGGACUCUUCUACCAGCUCAGCAUCUAUGACGACAAGAACCAGCUGCUGUCCGUCACCGUGCUGGAGAAGUACUUCCAGGACAUCAUCGACGACGCGAACAAACACAAAGAGAGUGUGAGUGAGAGUGAGCGCAGUGUGGCAGCUCUCACCGGCCUCCCCAGGACUGAUUGGGCUCACAUCCUGCGGGAUCACUUCAAGUCUGGCAUUAACAAGGACAACAUGGAUCUCAUCAACAAGGCAAUUUGCAUGGUAGUCUUGAGUGAUAAAGUUCCCGAGAGCAUCUCUGACAAAGGCAAGAUGCUCCUGCACUCCGACGGCCGCACGCUUUGGUGUGACAAGAGCGUGAACGUCUUCUUCUUCCCGGACGGCCAGUGUGGCCUCAACGUGGAGCACAGCAUGGCCGACGCGCCCGUCAUGGGACACGUGUGGGAGUACGCCAUGACCAUGGAGGUGAUAGAGCGAAGGUACCUGGAGAGCGGGCAGGUGAUGCCUCCGCCCAAGUCCUUCAAGCCAGGGGACACCACACACCCGCGCCGCAUCAUCUGGGACAUCACCGACUCUCUGGAGAAGGAAAUCAACAAGGCAUUCCUGUUCAAUCAAAAGAAUAAUGAUGACCUGGAUCUUGUGAUUCGGGACCACACCAAGUUUGGGAAAGGGGUCAUCAAGAAGGCCAAGGUCAGCCCCGACGCCUUCAUCCAGAUCUCGCUGCAGCUGGCCUACUACAGACACACCGGCAGGUUCUGCCAGACAUACGAGGCAUCGGCAACAAGGCUUUACCAGAACGGCCGGACAGAAACAGUCAGGUCGUGCACAGAAGAAACGGCAGCGUUUGUCAGAGCCAUGGUGAAUGCCAAGCUGCCCAAGGAGGAGCUGCUGCAGCGGCUGAGGGUGGCCGGCACCAGGCACCAGAAGCUGUACCGCGACGCCAUGAACGGACUAGGCAUCGACCGACACCUCUUUGCUCUCUUCGUGGUCUCCAAGGGCCUGGGAUAUGAGAGUCAGUUCCUGGAGUCUGUGAUGCGUCGGCCGUGGACACUCUCCACCUCCCAGCAGCCGCAGCAGCAGAUCCAGGCCAACACUCCAGACAUCAACCUGGAGCCCUUCAGGAAAAUGUGUUCUCCCGGCGGUGGCUUCGGUCCCGUGUCCGACGAGGGCUACGGCGUGUCCUACAUGCUGCCCACUGAGUACAACAUCUUCUUCCACGUGUCCUCCAAGCGGUCGUGCCCCACCACCGACUCCAGCAAGUUCGCCGACCUGAUAUUCAAGAGCAUGGAUGAGAUUAGGCUUCUAUUUGACGACUCCAAACUUGACUCGUAGGACAGACUGUGUUGCUAGGUAUUAGUUAUGUGGGUAGACUAUUAUUCUUCUAUGUACCAUGUAUACUCAUGUUUAAAAGUCAGUCUUGUGGGAAAUAUGAGACUCCUAAAGCCAUGACGUGUUUGGUUGAGGAAGAUACUAAAGUCCCUAGAGAAAUAGCAUCCAUGUUAGACUUAUAUCUCAAGUGAAUGUCAUCCUCUCUGAUUAAGGAAGAAAUUGAUGUCCCUGAAAAUGAUUGAGGAAGAAGUGGAUCAAUAGGGUGAGCGAGGACUGGAGCGAGAGAGUUGGAAGUAGCAGGAUUGGGUGUGCUGAGAGGGAGUACCAGAACAGGGAGAGAGGGAGACAUUUACACUUCUGCCACAGCCACCCCCUGGAGGGAAGUUCCUGUGAGACUUAGAUAUAGAGAAAUGAUGAAGAAAUUAAAGUUCCUUGAAAAGAUUGGGAAGAAAUAAGUCUCUAGGUAUGACUUCGGUGGAGGAAACUAAACUCCCUAGAAAAGAUCAAGGAAAAAUAUACCUAGAAAAUUAGUAUUCUUGUAAAAUUUGACCACUGAACAUGGCCUUAAAAAUCAUUCAGUUAAUUAUACUAUUAGAAGAGUGAGUAUCUUUGGUAUGUCAAGCGUGCAGUGUGUGCGUAUGUGUGUGUAUGGCAUUGACGUGUUCCGUACAUGUAAAGGAUAUUAUUGCUACUCCUGCUUAGUAUUGUAAAAUCAUUUCUAUAAGUCUCUGAAUACCCUUAGAAACAAUAUCAUCGCUUCAUAAUUCCUAUUCAGAGUUUUAAUUAAAUCUUGUAAGUGUUGAAUAUAUAUAUACUCAACAGUGUGUGUGUAUGUACAGGCAAGUCUUUCAUUAUAUUGUGUAUCUCUACUACAAAUACAGUAAUCCUUCCCAAA